CACACGGAAUAUUUUGACCGUUACACCACAGAGCUGUCAAACCACCUCCAACCAAGUACCUCCAGACAUCUGCAGCCUGUAGGAUGGCCCAGGCAGACAGCAAGGUGCUGGUUCUGGGAGCGUUGGCUGGAAUGGCUGGUAUUGGCUUGGCUGUGGUGUGUUACCAAGGCUUCAGGUCUAGACGAAGAAGCUCAUGGUCGGGCUUCUACCUCAACCGCAAUAAUGAACAGGAGACCAGCCUCAUGUUGGUGGAUGGUCCAGGUCUGCCCAGCGGUCAGGCUGUGGUGCUGGAACGCCUCGAGGCCCUGAUCCAGUGUGUGUCCGAGCUGAAAGAUGAGAUGAAGGCGCUGAAGAGCGCUCUGCCGACACUGCAGGACCAAGUCAGGGAAGAGCUGAGGGGACAUGAUGGGGCAGAGGCACGUCGAGCUAGCCCUCACCACAGGACCACACCAACACGAAGGAAAAGGGCUGCAGGCACCAUCACCGGGGCCAGAGCUGGAGGUCGGAGCUCAGAGGAGGCAGAGAGUGAGGGAGGGUAUAUGACUGCACUGACAGACUCUGAGGAAGAGGAGCUAAGUGAUGCAGAACCGGGGGUUGAAGAACAGCCUGCGGACAAGUUAUCUGUCCUCCUUGAGAAGAUCGACCGUUUACGUCAGGGCACUGAAUCUGACAAAAGGGAAAGUCUCGACAUCCUAUUAGAGCAGAGAGAAGAGUUUGGGCAGAACUCAACAUUUCUUUGGCGACUAACCAGAGCUUACUGUGAUGUUCAUGACAUCAGCCCUGCUCUGGAAGAGAAGAAGAUCCAUGCAGAAACUGGGAAGAAAGUUGGAGAGGAGGCAGUGAGGCUGAACCCUACAUGUGCUGAAAGUCAUCAGUGGUAUGCCAUCAUGUGUGGAAUUAUGGCAGAAUAUGACACAGUACAGAACAAGAUAAAGAACGGAUACAUCUUUAAGGAUCAUCUGGAUAAAGCUAUCGAGCUGAAGCCGCAAGACCCCAUGUCUUACUACCUGCUGGGCCGCUGGUGCUACGCUGUGGCCCAGUUAUCCUGGAUUGAGAGGAAAGUUGCUGCCACGUUAUUUGGAGAACCUCCAAGCGCCACCGUUGAAGACGCACUGAAGAAUUUUCUUAAGGUUGAGGAGCUCCAUCCAGGAUAUUCCAAACUCAACUAUGUGUUUCUAGCUAAGUGCUACAAAGACCUGGGGCAAAGAGAAAAUGCUAGGAAGAUGUUUGAAGCUGCUUGUUCAAUGAAUGCUGUUUCGAAAGAGGAUGAAGAGGCACAGAAGGAACUGGACUUACUCUGCCCAGUGCUUGGAGUGUGACAUCACCGUGCAAUACCACAACCUUUUGGGAAUUUAUUUUCUAUGUGCUAUGGGCCACAUGUGUCUGUGUGUGAGUGUGUGUGUGUGUGUGUGUGUGUGUGUGUGUGUGUGUGUGUGUGUGUGUG